AUGGGGACGGCGAAGCAACCGCCCAAGUGGCUCGGCGUGACUCUGCUGAUGACCGACAGGUUCAACUAUGGGAUCAACGAUGGGCUCAACUAUGGGCUCAACGAUGGGCUCAACUAUGGGUUCAACUAUGGGUUCAACUAUGGGUUCAACUAUGGGUUCAACGAUGGGUCCGUGCAGCAAGUAGCUGCAUGA